CAACGCCUCCGGCAGGAUUGUUUUCUAAACAUGUGGAAUUCCGUACGUCACUGCACCUUGAAACUUUGGUCUGUGGUAGAGCAGAGGCCAAUUUGGCAAGUUAUUGCGUUCUUAUAAUAAACCUGAUAACUUUGCUAAUGAGCAGUCAGGUUGCCGGAUAUCCUCGUCAGAUGGUUAAUUUGAUGAAAAUUGUUCAGGAGAAAGUUAAACGGGAAAAUAAAGAAAAGCUAAUCCACGGCCUGGAGCUAUACAGACGUUAUCAUCGAGCGACCUGUCGUCAAGCCUGCGUAAGGGCUUCGUUGAUUGGUUGAGUUCAUUUUGCGGACAGCGCAGAGGUUAAAGUAGGCGUUCCAACUUUUUACGGCGAUUUUAAUUUUUCAUGAAUAUUUUGGUGCUUUGCAUACCGUAGUUGCUUAAUCAUUAAAGUAGAACGACUUAUAAAGAUUAGCUUAUGAUUUCAUAUCGUUAAUACGGAUUAUUCUCUCUUAGAAUAUUAAUCAAAAUUUGAUUCGUACCCUGCUACUUUCUGAAUUAUCAGCUUAGAGUUGUUCGAGUGUAGUGGAUUGUCGGCGACUGUUUACAUUGGCUCCUCGCCGUUUUAUUUGAUUCUCCGAAGACUAGCAGCAGUUUUUUUUAUCGUAAAAUGGAAUAUAUGUAGCUUUGGAAUUGACAAAUAGGAAAAAUGAACGCGAACAUCGAACACAUGUUAGAUACCGGCGGAAGAAGCUUGAGUGCGGCUGAUCGCCGUUUUGUAUCCCUUCUUUUUGGUGAGCUGGAACAAUUUCAAUAUCAGGCUCCAAAAGACAGGGCAUUGAUGUUUCAUCCCCUUCGAGGAUAUGAGAGAUAUUUAAUACAUAAAGUAACCGAAAUAUUUCCGAAGUUAACAAGCUUCAGCAUUGGAGAUGAUGCGACAAGAAGAACUGUUGUGUGCUUCAAAAGCAAGAGAAAAGAACAGCAAAUGCAGUUUGGUCAGACUUCACCAGAAAAACGGCCUCCAUCACGAGGAUCUACUAAAGAACCAAAGAGUGCAAGGUCACCGUCAGCAAAUAAAAGCAAGACACUUGAACCGAGUCCGCAGCGACAUCGUCGUCGAUCCUCAGAACCAAACAAUAAAGCAAGACCAUCAAAAUAUGAUACUUGGGCUGGCGGAGACCCAAGAGGAAAAAGAAAUAGGGGUUUAAAUUUGGAAGGUCCUGUUGUUAAUGGAGAAGCAGAAUACUCUCGAAGCGAUGCAGAAGGAAUAAAACGGGAACCUCGCCAACCGCAUGAGGCCAAAAAGAAAUAUCGUUCAAGGCGAUCCAGAUCUCAGCCUCACUUAAAUGAGAGAAGCCGAGCUAAACAUCAACGCCCUUAUCAUGAUGAUUCAUCAGAUCGCCAAUAUUCUGAUCCCGAUACCCGUGGAAGGAAGGCUAGAACACGACCUUCAUCAGAAAUAAACAGUCCCGAGAAACGUUUCGAUAAACAUAAUAUCAAGCCUGUCAAUUCCUAUGAAUCUGAUAAACCGAAUUCGAAGCGAAGCCUCCGUGACUCUCAAACGUCUUCGGAGACUGAUUUGUCAGCAAAAGAUAUUCGUUUUGGUAAUUCUGACGUUGAAAAUGAUGAGUACCCACCAUCUUACGAUGAUAUGUCAACCAACAGUACAAAAGCUAAAAGCAAAGCUAAACGAAACAUGAGGCGAAUUAAAAGAACAAAUUCCACAAAAUCAAUGCCUUCUCUAAACAAUAGUGACAAGCGAACACCAGCCUCACCUGUGUAUGUUAACAGUGACGCAGCUGUCAGGAGAGAAAGAGAGCAUGCGACACAUCAUCAUGCUUCACCAGUAUUCAUGCGACCGACAAAGCAAAACUUGACCGACACUGAAGAUGGAGCGAAUGACUCACAUUCCAGACCGAUGAGUAAUGAAAUUUCAGUUGAAGUUCUUCAACCACCAAAGGGCCAAGGAAAGCAUUCUUCUGAUGACAGUCGUAGAUCGAGUCGUCAUCGAAAACCAUCAGAUAAUGAUAAUCGGAGAUCAAGCCACAAAAUUUCUAGUGAUGAUACUAGACAUCCCAAUACCGGAGAAUCUUCACCUUUGGAUUCAUUUUCCCCCGAAGUGCCGCGUAAAAUUCAUUCUCAACCUAGUAUUGAAACUGUACCGUUUGAACUUGCUUCAGGAUUGGAGGAGCAACCUGAGGUACCUAACGCUAAUGAAUUUGCAGAAGAGCCGGAGCACCUGCCACCAUUUUCUGCCACUACAUUAGUGAAUGGUAUUGAAGUGGAUAAAUUGAAUAAAGACACUCAAACCGAACUAAGUGGUUCAUUUAUUCAAGCAAUGAUGGCAACGUACAAUGCCCAUCUUGGAGCUUUUGACCAAGUAACGCAGCCUCCAGAUUCUACAUCCUUGUCUCAACCAACAUCAUUACAUCCAUUUCCACUCCCAACAUCUUCUACUGGGACGUCAACUCCCAGUGCUGCCUCUCCCUCCUCUCCAUAUGAAAAGCUUGGUGAGUACAUGUACAAAGCGAUGCUCAAUUUUCAAAAUAUGUUAAUUGGAGGAGGAGCAUUGCCACCAUCGCAUGACUUCAGACCUUCAAAUAGUACUAAUCCGUACACUCCUCCAGCUACAAUGUUCACGGCAGCUCCUGCCACGGUCCAGCCUCUCUAUGUACCAUGGAUGGGUGCAUAUUAUGCAGAACCUAACACAGCACGUCCGCAGAACAUACCAUACCCUCCUCCACCAAGUUCAGAUCCCUGUUGCCAUAUGCACCAUCAUUUACAUCAACCAGAAAAUGUUUUGAAUAAAAUGCCUCCGCGACCACAAGGCAGUUUAAAGGAUUUGAGAAAAGAAAUACGUCUCGAUUCAAUGCCACAUGAUGAUUCUGGGCAUUGGCAAGGAAGUAAUGGCUUCAGAUUUUCUGAUAACCCUGAAAGAAAGACUUCCAGUACAGAGCAGCCGACAUUAUCAUUUCCAUCACGUUCUUCAAAAGCACCAGAUGGUUUUGAUUCUGAUGUUUCAUCAGAGAUAACAAAUCCCGAGAUUACAGUUGCAGAAGGUGGCGAUGGGGUAAUGGUUUAUGUACGCAAUAGCAGUAAUCGUUCAAACAGCUCAGCUGGAGCGUCUGUUGGAGAAAACAGCUUACUAGGAGCAAGUGGAGAUAGUUUUGCUCGUGCAAGCCCGCUUGGUGAUGAUGAAAUUUCCUAUAAAAAAUCAUCACCACUGCUCAGUAGAGGCAAGCGUUCAAAGAAAUCAAGUCGUAGAAGCAGUGGGGAAAAAGAUGUUUCUCACCCUGAUAAAUUUCCGCAACCAAAUGUUCAAGAAAAACCAAAACAGGACUCUCCUAAAGAUAAAAAGAAAUCUCCAAAAUCUUUGAAAACAGAAAAACCAGAUCAGAAUAGCCCUCUAAAUACUGAAGAAGAAGUCAUUUUUUCUCUUGCAAGUGCUCCUAUUGCAAUGUUAGACGAUGAUGAUGAUCUUAUGGAUGGAUCAGCAAGCGGGUCUUUUGCUUCAAGUCAUUCCGCACUAUCUGCACAUCAUGAUAAAGUAUCGAACACUUCAGGCAAUCAUGCAGAUUCUACAAACUCCCUUGUGGGUGAGGAUUUAGCUCCACUGGUAAAGUUCGAUGACGCUCUUGAAAUAUCUUGUCAAGACGAAAACGCAGAAGACUGAAUAUAUAUUGUAUAAAACACAAACAAUGGCCAAUUUUAAUUAAGGUAAACUGCAAUUGAAACUUUUUGCUUCAUUAUAGUGUCAUUGUGUAUACUGCACAAUUUACAUACUUGCAAGUUGCAACAAUUGUAUAAAAUUUCAGAACAGCAGGCAUUUGCAAUUGUAUUAUGUUUAAUAUGGAUAUAUCAGACUGUGAUAUUUUGUGGAUUAUCUCUUAUAAUUGAGUUUAAUUCACCUAAUAUUUCAGAUCAUAAAUUGAGUGUUUUUUGAAUAUUGUGAACUUUUUUUGUAAGAAUCUGCUGUUCAUCAUCUUUCUCUUUUUUCGAAGAGUCAUUUUAAUAUGGCCGAGCGUAAUCAUAUGUAAGAUAGAUCUCUGUCUAAUCCAACAAUUUCUUCAUGUUGCGAAAUUCACUCUGGGUGUCCUAUAUAGGUCAAUUGGUCUGUCUGCCUUUUGCGAAAACAAUGUCACUCAAGAUAUGGCACUUAAGUUGUUGACAAAAGACUUGGUGAAAUAGGUUACCAGAGUUCACUCGUAUCAAGCUUGAUCAGUCAACUUGUCAGCAUAUAUGUCCAUUCGACUGAGUCAUUCAAAUGGGGUUAUAAGAUUUUUAAUGGCCCUUAAUCUUCAGUGUGUGUCACUUGAUGAUUAGCAUUUAUUUGAAUCUUAUGUUUUGGAAUAUUCAACCACAUUCAAAGUUAACUUGCUGCACUUUAUGGGAUAUGGAAAUCCAGUGACACAUGUUUUAUAAGUAAAAACAGCUAAUUUUUCACACAUAUUUUGGCUUUCAUAUCUGUGAGAUAUAGCCCUGUUUGUCACUAUUCUUGUAUAUUAACCCCGUAAAACUAUUCCAGCGCUUGUUUACUUCUAUAACUUAAUCAACGAAAUAAAUAAGAACAAGUUUUGUACAAAUCUUUUGAUCAAUAUUUUUAUACUUAAUCUCUAUUGAUUUUUAUUUUAUUGUAUCUCCGGUAUAUUAUGAGAUGGUGCUUUUUAUAUAAUAGAUUUUGCCAUGUUACGAAUGGGCGGUACAUUGAAAAAAUAUAUCAAGAAUGCUGUUAGAAUCAUGCAUGUUUUUGUACUUGUCCAGAUACGGGCAAGCUAGCUUCAUGCCUUCCACACACCCAAAGCAAGCAGCUUUAGGUCGCCAGUUUCUAUUACUGUGAGAUUACAGUAAAUUUUUUGCUUUUGUAUUUUUUGUGAUUCCCUCUCUAUAUUAUGCCUUUGUGUUCAUUCAAUUUAAUUCCAUAUAAAGUUGGAUGUUUGAUCAUACGCAUAUACAGAUAUUCAACUGGUAAGAAAAUGUUAAAGAAAAAACAUUUUGUACUCGAUUGAGUGAUACUGUGCUUUAUGGCUUUACUUUUCCUUCAAAGCCACUAAUUCAGUUUUAGUGAAUUUGAGUGUGCUUGAAAGCAGUAUGCUUGCCUGGUUAAUUUAAUUUCUAUGCUUUCAGCCUCCUAUCGAAAGCUCCACUUAGUGGUUUCUCCUUGCUAUGCUAUUUUGGGUGAGACGGAGUCAACAGCACUUGAUAAGAAUAAGUAAGCUUGAACAAAUUCACAAUACGUGAGCCAAUCCUUAUGUCAUUUUCAUGGUUUUUCAAGAAAUAAAAUAUGAUAAAGUUGAUAAAUAUUAUGAUCGAACGAUAAAAUUAUGAUCACCUUAUUGUGAGCGAUUGUUUAAUGCGGUUUUGAAGAUAAUAGGCUUGCAUGAGAGCUCUAUUCUGUAUUUCAAUUUAAAAUUUCUCAUUUGCCUGCCAUGAUUUUACAUUUCGCUUUUUUUAAUUAUGUAAUAAUUAUUAAUUAAUUCCUUGUAAUUAUUAUUUUACUGUGCCAUGUUGUAUUGUAUAGUACAUUUGCUUUGUUUGAAUAUGUCGAUGGGUAAUUGCUCAUGUAGUGCAUUCCUGCCAUUUAUUAUUGUACAUAGAUAGUAAUUAUGUCAGUUUCUUUCAAUUUUAGAGGUCAUUGUGUCAUUGAUGAACAUCUUCUCACAAACAUUUAGUUUCGCAAGAUUGAGAAAUACUGAAACCGAACAGAAUGUUAUGUUUGUAUAUUUUGCCUGAAGGCCAAUAGUUUGGUGAUGUAUUACUCUUAAGUCUUGCCUGAAGAUUUUAUAUCGAACCACACCCAAAGGUGGACACAAGAAUUUUAUUUGUUUUAGCGAGUCUUUGCUUGUCCAACGGUCUAAGCGGGCUUGCUAUCAUUUCAUUGAAGAGUCCCAGUCUUUGCACAAUAAAUAUGAAAAUUGAAUGCCAAUAAAUUAAAAACCUUUGGGCAGGCUUUAUUAUACUUAUCUAGUUUUCUAUUUUUGUUCUACGAUUUGAAUUUAUGUUCAGAACAUCUUGUAAAUCUGCUCAUCUAUGUCUUAUUCAUCUCUAUGUGGUUCUAUUGGAGAAAGUGGCAUGAAAAGUAGACGUCUAAUUACAACGUUCACAGGCUAUAAUUAAAAACAAAUUUUAAAUUUGAUCUCUGCUUACGUGACAUGGCUCUUCUGCUUGGAUUAAAAUUCGUACUGAUGUCAUUUGGUCUGCGCCAAAAUGAAUUUUUUUCAAAUGUGUUCGGAUCUCCGAAAUGUUAGCGUAAAGUUUUUUCCUGGCCUUUUUUGAUCUUUAUACUAUUAUUAUUCUACUGAGCCCAUUUUUUAAUAAUUCACCACAGUCUGGCUUUUAGUUAAUCAAGUGAAACGUCUGUAUUUAGCUAUCGUUAAUGUUCAUUAUAUUUGAAUGAUAUUUCGUAUCAUAAUAUUUACUUAGAGCUUGAUGACAGUUCACAAAAGUAUUAAAAUUUCCAUUUUCAUAUAUUAAUGAAAUGUAAAACCCAUAGAUUAUUAUGGAUGAUUUACGUUGACUACUUCAAAUAAAAACUCUCAAAGAAUUGUGCCCAAUGUAGCCGAACCAAGUUAGGAUGCUUUGUUUUGUUUAUUUUUUGUUCCAUCUGAAAUAAAAUGCGGUUAACAUAAAUAAAUAUUGCGGCCUUCUUGUCAGACUUUUCAAUCACAAAUAAUCGUAGCACCAUGAAAUACAGCAUAACAAUAUGAAAGUUUUUUCAUUUAAGUUAACAAAUAUUUUUCUUCAUUGAAACCCAACUCAUAAUUUUCUCAUGUCUUCAUUUAAAUGCUAUUUAUGAAACGUUUGAUUUUGCGCUAGAUAACUGGUCCACUGAAAAUAUCUGAUUUCAUAUCUCUCAUUGCGUUUUUACUAUUAAUUAUUCAAACUGUUAUUUGGUGCAUUGUGGUAUAUCAAUUUUGAUUCAAGCUAUUUCUGUAAUUUAAUUCUUAGUGAUUUAUUUUCUAUUUGAUAUUUUACAACUGGUUUCACAAUAUAAUAUUGUUAACAAGAAUUGUGUUUUUGCUUUCGAACAAUUAUUAAAUAUUCAUAAACAACUUAUGGAACAGCAUAAGUAUUACGGUAUACAUUUUCAUAUUAGUAGUGUUUCUCUUGAACAAAAUAUUCCGUAAAAAGCCAUAUCUUGCAUUUUCUUGCUUAAUAAAUAGUAAUAAUUAUUUUUGUUUAUAUUUUUUCCCUCGAUGGAAUGGAAACUUUUGGGCAUUUUCAGUACGAAUUUAGAAAUGAGCUAAACUGGUAUAAUAAAAAUGGAUUCUGUUAUAUUAGUAUGCUGGCUAUCAAUAAGUUACAAAUAUUAUGUAGCAAAUAAUACAAAUAAGAAACCCAUGAAUAUCAAUUUUUCUUACCCAUUUUUUUUUUAGUUUAUUUUUAGUCAUAUUAUUAAUUAAAAAAAUAAUUUUUCCCUUCAAUUGAGCUAAAAUAUUGUAUCCAUUUCAUCUAGAGUUAUUGGAUGAAAUUUAUUAAUACCUUGAUCACAUUUUACGACUUACAAGAUCAUGAAUUAAUAUUUACUCAAGAAUGCUUGUCAUCAUGAUAUGUGAUAAACUAGGUUAGGUAUGAAGGUCAUGACACAUUAAUCAUACAAACUACCAGAUUUUGCUGACUUGCUAAUCAUUGUGUAUUUACCUUAUUUCAUAUAAAUAGUUCUUUUAAAAUAGUAUUGAAUUACUUUGAUAUAUUAUUUUAAGAACUUUAUCGGAAUCGCUGAAUAGCCCAACUAUCCUUUUUGUGUUAUCUACACUUUGCUAUUUUAAUUUGCCUAGAGUUUUCCGCUGUCAUAUUCAAUUGUAAGGGCUUAUUUGCUGUUCAUAGCUUCACCAUUUGGGCUGAUUAUAUUGUUUAUUGUUGUAUUCAAAAGUCUUUGGCUGAUAUAUAACAGAACAAAAUGAACUGCGUUCUAGUAUACCACGCGUUGUAUUAGUCUUACAACACUGCUAAUUUUAAUUUUAUGCGGGAUAUUGUGAGAUAUUUUAAGUGCUUCGAUGCUGUGAGAUAGAUUCCAUAUGCUCUUAAAAUAUUCAUAAUACUACCUUGUCAUCGUUAGAAAGCCUUCCAACUACAUAAUGUAAUUAAUCAUGUUUCAUUGAAAACUAUGGGAAUGACGAAAUAGCCCUCAAGGUUGUUUGUAGGCUUGGUAAACAGUAGACAGUAUGCCCUGAAGUCACGAAUGCCAAUAACCAGUUAUAUAAAACAAGGUUAUUGGUUAGCAAACAGGCGUAUGUUUACCACAGUUAUUACUUACAUACCUUUACUACCAUUUUGAACAUAUUUCUUUUCUUGCUUGGAUGUCAAAUACUGGAUUGUAAUUGUCUUUUUGUUCUCGUGUUCUUGGCCCAUCUCUGGUUUAAUAUAUUAAAUUGCUUUUAUAGAAACAUGCUCAGUUCAAUAUAAAUUUGAUAGACAUUUAAAAUCCAGACAUUCACAUUUUCUUUGUAUUGCUUUCAAUAUUUAUCUGCUCAGCUGGCUUUGUAUUUUGCUCUACUGAAUGUAAACACUUUUGUGUGUGAUUUCGACCUUUGACCUUUAUUAUUGUGUCGUUUUUGCCAAUUUGAUAAUUGAUAUAAUUUCACAUGGUGAAAACUGCUAUUGUCUCUGCACUUUUUAG